GCGGUGGAAGCCAUGGCUCCGCGCUGAGGGCGCGCCCGGCGCGCGUGGGCCAGCUGGUCGCGCGCUGACGUGCGCCGUGGGUCCCGCGUUCCUUCCCCGGGCGCCUCCGGAGCCCCGGGCCAGCCCCGCGGGCUGGGAGCUACCAACGGCUCCCCUUAUCGGCCGGCCCAAUGGACGAACCUUCCGGGAGGCCCUUGAGCUGUGAGGAGAAGGAAAAGGUCCUGAUUACAUGGGUGGAGAUCAGACCUGUUUUCAUGAGUCCUGUCUGUAUUCUUCACCCAUUGAAGGAGAAAUUAGCAUUCUUGAAAAGGGAAUAUACCAAGACACUGGCCCGCCUUCAGCGUGCUCAAAGAGCUGACAAAGCCAAGAAUUCUGUUAAGAAGUCAGUGGAAGAAAAUUACUUGCUCCGGCAGGAAAUUUCACUCCAGCUAACCCACUCAGAACCUAAAAACAAAGUUUAUUCUCAUGACACCUUACAGAAGAAUACCCAUCUGGAUGAACACACUCGAGAAAAGACACGUCUUCCACUAGACCUUGAACCCAAACCCUUUAACCACAGAGAUGGCUCAGUAAAAAGAUCAGAUAGGCAAAGAACAGAUGUUACCCAAGAGAGUUUUCCUUGUAGGACCAAUGGUCCUGAGGGUGAGAAAAAGCAGAAAUAUGUGUUGCCAGGUGGGAGGAAAACAGAGCAGAAGAGAACACUUUCCUCACAGGAGGAGCCGGGGUGUCUCUGUGGCGCUGGUUUGCUUCUGCUCUCUGAAAAAAGCCUCACGGAGCAGGAAGGAAUCAGCAGAGAAAGUCCUAAGACAUCUGCCGCUGAAACAAGAACUUGCCUUUCCAAUAGUUCCAUGUUUUACCUUCCGGAUCCUCCAGCAAAACUUACAGAAAUUGGUGGAGAGAGUCUGUUAGUUCCAUCAGCCGCCAGAUUGCAAGGAGGUGUUGAUGAACCCUCAGGAGUAGAAGGAGGAAGUCACUCCCAAAGGGGGACUACACUUCCUUCACACACUCCAUCAGACGGCAGGACUCGGGGUCAGCAGCUUAAGCUGAAACCGCCAGAAGAUCCCUCUGAACUAACUGCGUACGGUUAUCCAAAUGACUGCCCUGUGUCACCCGCAAACUUCCAGGCGCAAAACAGAAAAAUGGCUGUCAUUUCAGGCAGCCCAAAAUUAAAUGCGGUUGUCGGUACAAAUAGCCGGCAGUUGGAGGCGGAUGAUUCACCUCGGAAACGUGAACUCACUUGUGGCUUACAGACACGGGAAAACCGAAACUUCAAAGAACAGAAUCACUCAGAAAACUCUUUGAACUCUCCCAGUAACACUCCCGAUGGGAGAGAUGAAAGUCUUCAGGAAAAUGAGGUCAUACAUCAGUCUCAGAGCCUUAGUCCAGAAGCGGCCUCACCUGUUUCUGCAGACGAUCAGACACAUUCGUGUACAGUGCUUGAGGGCCUUCUAUUUCCUGCAGAAUAUUACAUUAGAAAAACUCGAAGCAUGUCGAACUGCCAGAUGAAGGUAGCCCUGGAGGCUGUCAUCCAGAGUCAUUUGGGUGUCAGAAAAAAAGGGUUCAAAAGUAAAGAACCGGCUAAAAAGGUAAGGCUUUCUAAUAAUGCACCUGACCGAAGAACAACUAGUACGUCGGACACAUCCGAAGGCCAAGCAAGCCCCAGAAGUCCUCGGGAAGUUCUUUCAUUAACCGGAGUCAAGUCACCUGAGCCUUCUGGAGAUGCCUUAUCCCAGCCACGGAAUAGAAGACGCAGAGAAAGGAGGAAUUCAGUCAGCAAUCCCAGAUCAGAUCCCCAUGAACUCUCCCUGCCCACUUGUAGCUUGUCGGGUUUCAGUAAUUCCAAACAGCAAGCCGUCUUGCACAGAGGUCGGACUCAGAAAGCAGUUAUUCACGGGAAGGAAGUGUGUGGUCCGAAAGAGGAUUCCUGUCCUCCUAGUAGUAAUACUUACGUGAGGUUGGGUCAUGAUGCUCCCAAGGCUCCGUUUCCUAUGGAGGAAAUGCUCACUUCGAAACAACUGGCAUCGUUUCUCAAAAUCACAGCCUUUGAGUUACCGGAUGAAGACUUUGGAUCUCUGAAGCUUGAAAAACUGAAAUCCUGCUCAGAAAAGCCUGUUGAGCCCUUUGGGUCAAAAACACAGCGAGAAAGACACCUCAGAGAAGGCAAACAUAUCAUUUUUAAGGAACUGAGUUCUGAACAAGUAGAUAGAAAGAUGGCGGAUCUGGACGAGGAACAUGUUCCUCAGUCAAGAAAAACACACCUGAAACCGUCCACACUAAACAGCCAGCUUCAGAAGAAGGGCCUGUCUUCCUCAAUAUUACUUUUCACUCCUAUGAAUACUCCAGCGGCUGAUAACAGUGACAUCGUCACAGCGGUUGGGGGUUCGCCCACUUUCCCCAUCUUGGGCACGACGCCAGCAGUUGACUCCCAACCCAACUGUGAACAAGGGUCUGCAGAGGCCGUUGGACAAGCUUGCCCUGCACCCUGGCUUUCUCCCCUGAAAGCCACAAGAGACCCCGCCGGCUGGGCCAGCCAAGCUUCAUUAGAUAGCAGCCGGUGCUAUCUAAUGUCAGGCGGGAGGAGACAGCCUCCCUGUGAUGCCAAUCCUCAGGCAACACUUCAGCCCAGUGGGUCAUGCACUUUGAGAGAGAAUCAGCUGUGUGGACAUACAGGACGGGAAUCACGGGACCGUCCCCUCGAACAGACUGAAAUAGCAGACCUUCCUGCUUGUGAUAGCUUAAGCCCAGGCAACCUACAAUUGGUUUCAAAGUUAAAGAAUCCUUCAGGUUCCUGUCCUGUGGACGUGAGUGCCGUGUGGUGGGAAAUAGCUGGUCUGAAAACCCCGUGUAUCAUAACUGCUUGUGAAUAUGUAGUUUCGCUUUGGAAAGCUCUGGACACUUGGCAGUGGGAGAAAAUCAAUUCCUGGCACUUCACAGAGGUGCCAGUCUUACAGAUAGUUCCUGUGCCUGAUGUUAGCAGUCUUGUGUGUGUGGCUUUGGGAAAUUUGGAGAUUAGAGAAAUCAGGGCAUUACUUUAUUCUUCUGAUGGUGCCCAUGAAAAGCAAGUCCUGCUGGGCUCUGGAAAUAUAAAAGCCGUGCUUGGCCUGACAAAGCGGAGACUUGUCAGUAGCAGUGGGACCCUCUGCGACCAGCAAGUGGAAGUCAUGACGUUUGCCGAGGACGGCGGAAGUAAGGGAAGACAGCUUCUGAUGCCCCCUGAAGAGACGAUACUGACCUUUGCUGAGGUCCAAGGGCUGCAGGAAGCCCUCCUGGGCACCACCAUCAUGAAUAACAUUGUGAUUUGGAACUUAAACAGCGGCCAGCUCCUCACGAAGAUGCACAUCGAUGAUUCCUACCAAGCGUCAGUUUGUCACAAAGCCUAUUCUGACAUGGGGCUUCUGUUUGUUGUUCUGAGUCAUCCUUGUGCCAAAGAGAGCGAGCCUCUGGGAAGCCCCGUGUUCCAGCUGAUCGCCAUCAACCCCAUGACAAGCCUGAGCGCCGGCGUCAUGCUCUACUGUCUUCCGCAGGGGCAGGCGGGCAGGUUCCUAGAAGGUGACGUCAAAGAGAAUUUGGCAGCAGCGGUUUUGACUUCCGGAAAAAUUGCCGUCUGGGACUUGCUUCUGGGUCACUGCAUGGCUCUCCUCCCACCUGUCUCUGAUCAGAGUUGGUCUUUUGUGAAAUGGUCCGGCACAGACUCUCACUUGCUGGCGGGACAGAAAGAUGGAAAUAUAUUUGUGUACCGCUACUAAGGCGUGAGGGUAACUGCAACCAGCCUUCUGGGUGUGUGUGGCCUCUGUCCUUUUUUGGAGUUGCAAAUAUAAGGGAGACAGUCAGGGUGACAUUUAACUACUGACAUCCAUUCAGACUUACGUUUUUUCUGAUGAUGGUGACACCACUGGCAUCGAAUGGCCACUUGUUCUUACUGUGGGGAAAAGGAUUUGAGGGCGAUUGGUAUGAGUCCUCCCAUUUGCACAUUGACUUUUAAAGUUAUACAUAAAGCUUCAGAUGUUAAUAAAUAUUUAUUUUGCUACA